GUUCCGCCCCCCCGACCCAAAUCCGCAAGCCCCCAGGGAGGGUCUCCUGCUCAGGGCACUGGGGUUCAGUCUCCUGCUUCCAGAACUUUAGGUGUGCGUGUGUGGUGGUCCCAUUUCUGACAGGCUGUGUGACGCAGUGUGGAGCGUGUUAAAGGCUGUGGGCUUGGCCCGUGCAAAGCCUUGGAGGUGCUCAAGAGCCGGGAGCAUUCGGGAGUCCAGGACUUAGGCUGUCACCACAUGGACAUCAGUCUGCCAGUGACCUCCUCCCCCAGGGCAGGAGGUUCUUUCUGCAGGGACAGGGCAUUUAAGGAGGAGUCAACAGUCUGCAUCAACUGAGCCAACAGUCAGUAUUCUGGGAACCAUGGUGGGUUGUGAAUAAAUCAGGACGACCCUCUGAGUUUUAAAGUAUUUCAAAGCCUGCUCAGGGGAGAACAGACUGGGGAGGGGGAGCUGAGGGUGGAGGCAGAGAGACCUGGGAGAGCCUAGUGCAUUCCACUCCAAAGAGUAAGGUGGCUUCUGGACCAGAGUGGUGCCUAUGGAAGUUGCUGACCUGAAACAAACAGCCUGCACGCUAUUUCACUUGCAAAGAUGGGUCUUUUUUUUUGUUUUUUUUUUGUUUUUUUUUCCAGAAUCAUCAGGGAAUUGCAAUUGGGGUGUGCAACCAAGGUGAGCUAAGACUUUUAUACAGAUUAAAGAAGGAAGUUACAAGGGCUAUAGUCACCAAAGAGUCCAUGGCUUUUCAUUGGCCAAGUCCUUUCCAGGAAAGAAGAGAGUCUUUCUUCUUCCUUUUGGAUACUGUUAUUGUCUCAGAGCAUCUGGGAAGACUUGAGACCAGACUGAUGUGAGAAGUCAGUUUUAGGGAGAGAUUAAAAGCUGGAUUCGGGACAUGCUGUUUCUGAGAUCCCAAAGUUGAGGUUCCCAUGGUAGCAGCAGCAUUUAUGGUCCCUGGACAGGGCCAUGUGAUCUUUGAGGAUGUGGCUGUGUCCUUCUCCCAGGAGGAGUGGGGUCUCCUUAACGAUGCUCAGAGACUCCUCUACUGUGACGUGAUGCUGGAGAACCUGUCACUUAUAGCCUCCCUGGGGUGUUGGCGUGCAGUAGGUACUGAGGAGGCUGCUUCUGAACAAUGUGUUUCUGUAGAACAAGUCACACAAGACAGGAAUCCAAAUCCAGACCUAUCUAUCCUGAAGACUCUUACUUCAGAUACAGGUGCCCUGGGAGAGAAAGACGUUUUGUACCUGGCUGAGCACCAAGGAGUGCAUCCUGGGCUGAAACCGUCCUCUUCUGGGGCUUGUGGGAAAAUGUUCACUUCUCACCUACAACAGCACCAGAAGCAGCCCAGUGGAGAGAAACACCUCAGAAGGGAAGAGAACGGGGCCUUGCUUGUGACGAGCUGCCAAGUCUUUUUACCCAACAAUAUGUUCGCAUGUGGAGAGGUUGAGAAGGCUUUCCUAGGCAGCUUGGGCUUUCCCCAGCACCAGCCCUCCCAAGAUGGACAGCAUCCACGUAGAAGCAGGCAGAGCAGGGAGGUCUCUCACCCUGGGCAAGGGCAUUACGAGUGCAGCGAAUGUGGCAAAGCCUUCAGUAAGAAGUAUAAAUUCACUGAGCACCUGAGAGUUCACACUGGAGAAAAACCUUAUGGGUGCAGCGACUGCGGGAAGUUCUUCAGACUCAGGGGGGGUCUUUCUCAUCAUCGGAGAGUUCACACAGGAGAAAAACCUUUUCAUUGCAGUAAAUGUGGGAAAGUCUUCAUCUACAAAUGUAAACUUGUUCAGCACCAAAGAGUUCACACUGGAGAAAGACCCUAUGAGUGUAAUGAAUGUGGGAAAGCCUAUGCCCGCAAGGAUUCACUUGUCCAGCACCAAAAGGUCCACACUGGAGAGAAACCUCAUAAAUGCAGUGAAUGUGGGAAGCUCUUCCUUUACAGAAAUAAACUUCUUGUGCACCAGAGGAUCCAUACUGGAGAAAAGCCUUUUAAGUGCACCGAAUGUGGGAAGUCCUUCAGUUAUAAAACCAGUCUUAUUAUCCACCAGAGAACCCACACUGGAGAAAGGCCUCAUAUGUGCAGUGAGUGUGGGAAAGCCUAUGUCAACAAAAAAAGUCUUAUUGUACACCAGAGAAUUCACAAUGGAGAAAAAGUUUACGGGUGUAAGAAAUGUGGGAACUUCUUUAUAAGCAGCUUUGCCCUCAAUAAACACCAGAAUGUUCACACUGCACAAAGGCGUUAUGAGUGCAGCGAAUGUGGGAAAGCUUUCAAGAGGAAAAUCAGACUUGCUGAGCACCAGAGAAUCCACACUGGAGAAAGACCCUAUGAGUGUAAUGAAUGUGGGAAAGCCUUCAAGCUAAAGAAUACACUUGUUAGCCACCGAAAUGUCCACACUAGAGCAAAGCCUUUUCAGUGCAGUGACUGUGGGAAGCCCUACAGUAACAAAACAAGUCUUGUUGUCCACCAGAGAAUCCACACUGGAGUAAAGCCUUUUCAGUGCAAUGAAUGUGGGAAGCCUUACAGUUACAGAACAAGUCUUAUUGUCCACCAGAGAAUCCACACUGGAGAAAGGCCUUAUGAGUGUAGUUCUUUGUAUGUAGCUCCAAGCUCAUAAAAAAGAGGAAAGUUCACACUGGAGAAAUGCUUUCUGGACUUUUGUGUUCCUUCACUUGAGUUAAUAUCUAGCACCACAAUUCCUGUGUUGUACAGUAGAUGAAUGUUUAACUUAUGUGGGGUCAAACUUUUUAAAGUGAUAGUAUCCUUUUACAGUCUUGCCAGAAACACCAGAACCCAAGUUCCCAUUCUUUCCAUUCUUACCAACACUUGGUACGUGCAGGCUUUCUAAUUUUUGUGACAUCAUAGGUGUAUAGUGGUAUCAAGUGAUUUUAAUUUGCACUUCCCUAAUGACAUGAUGCUGAGUGGUCUUCCAUGUGUUAAUUUCCAGCCAUAUAUUGUUAUUGAAAUUUCUGUUCAUUUGAUUUGUUGUUCUAAUUACUGAGUUUUGACAUUUCUUCAUGAAUUAUUGAUUAAGGUCCUCUAAUGGAAAUACUUAGCAACACAUUCUUCCAGAGUUGGUCUUGUCUUUUCAAUCACUUUUCAGAGAAAAAGUUCUUAAUUUUAGUGUAGUCUAAUUUGUCCAUUUAUUCUUAUACUUUUUCCCUUGUUUCCUCCUGUAACUUUUAUGGUUUAGGGUUUUUAUUGAUGUAAAUGAAUCAUUUUCAAUUAAUUGUGGAAGUUAUUUUUUAAAAUAUAGAUACCCAAUUGCUGCAGUGAUACUGAUUUAAAAGAUUAUACCUUUUCCCCUGAAUUGUUUAGUAUCUUCAUCGAAGGUCAGUCAUUUAUCUAUAUGUUUAUUUCUAGAAUUUCUAUUCUGUUGCAUUUAUCUACUUUAUUUAUGCCAGUAUUUUCAUGUAUUAACUAAUUUGUUUUUAUAGUAUGUCUUGAAAUCAAGGUUGUAUACUCCUUUGAAUUGCUUUUUUUUUUCAGUCAUUAUAGCCUUUCUUGGUUCUUUGCCUUUCCAUAUGAAGUUUAGAAUCCACUUUUCAGCUUAUACAGCACAAAAAAUCCUACUAGGAGUUUCACUGGGAUUGAAUUUAGUCUUCAAUUUAUUUUUAUUUUUAUUUUUAUUUUUUGGCUGUUCUGCGCAGCUUAUGGGAUCUUAGUUCCCUGAUCAGCAACUGAACCCGGGCCAGGGCAGUGAAAGCGCCGAGUCCUAACCACUGGACCUCCAGGGAAUUCUCCUAAUCUUCAGUUUAGAAAGAAAUACUGAGUGUCCCAAUCCAUAAACAUGAUACAUCUUCUUUUAUGUAGAUCUUAUUUAAUUUUGGAUGGAAAUGUUUUUAGAUUUCCUUUUAUAAGUCUUGCAUAUGUAUUUUCUACAUCUGAUAAUAUUGUGAAUGGGAAUUAAAAAAAUUUUUUUUCUUUGUGAAAUGUUCAGUGCUAGUACACUAAGAGAGAUAUCAAACUACGGAUAGAAGCAAGCCUUCUUAAUCCUACAACAUCUACAAAGAGCUAUUAGAAAUACUAUACCUUGGAACCAUUAUUAAACUAUUGCCAUUAGAAUAAAAGGAGGACAGCUGCUCAUUGUUCUCUUAUUCAGUA